UCUAUGAGCCGUGUGCUCGCGGUGUUUAUCGCGAGGCUAGAGAUCAUGAGCAAGCGGCCCAGGCCCACGGAGCCGAAGGGCGACGGCAAGGGCGACUCGAAGGGAGGCGGCGCGUCGAGGACCGCGCAGCGCGACAAGGAGGCCGAGGAGUACCAGGAGUACCUGGAGAAGGCCGGCGCCGAGUUCACCAAGAGGUUCAGCACGAGGCCGCCGUUCCUCGCGUCGACGCGCACCCUGAACUUCAAGAAGGUGAUCGGCCGCGGCUCGUUCGGCGUGGUGCAGCUGGCGCUGAGUGAGACCUCGGGCGAGUUCGUGGCCGUCAAGAUGCUGGACAAGUCCUUCCUGGUGCGCUCCGGCCAGGUCAAGCACGCGCUCAACGAGCUCAAGAUCUCCUACGCCAUGGACUUCCCGUUCGUGCUCAACACGAAGCAGUUCCACCACGACAACAGCUACCUGUACUUCGUGAUGCCGUUCAUGGCCGGCGGCGACAUGUUCUCGCACAUCCGCCGCCAGCAGAGGUUCACCGAGGACGUGGCUCGCUUCUACGCGGCGCAGAUGACGCUCACGCUCGAGUACAUGCACUUCCUGAAGCUGGUGCACCGCGACGUCAAGCCGGAGAACAUCCUCAUCGACGAGGAAGGCUACAUCAAGGUCAUGGACUUCGGCUUCACCAAGUACGUGGAGGGCCGCGCCUACACCACGGUCGGCACCCCGGAGUACAUGGCGCCGGAGCUGUUCCUCAACACCGGGUACAACGAGGGCGUGGACUGGUGGGCCCUCGGCAUCCUCAUCUUCGAGAUGUGCGCCGGCUCCACGCCCUUCGCGCACCGCAACAAGGCGCGCCUGCACGAGAGGAUCAUCGCCGGGAAGUACGACACGCCCAAGACCUUCAGCCCCGGGCUGGACCACCUGCUGAGGAACCUCAUCCAGAAGGACCUCACCAAGCGGCUGGGCACGCUCAAGAACGGCGCCGCCGACAUCAAGAACCACCGGUGGUUCCGCGCCAUCAGCUGGACGGACGUCUUCGACCGCAAGGUGAAGCCGGAGUUCGUGCCGGAGAUCCGGGAGCCGGGGGACCUCAGCAACUUCCUGCCGGAGAAGUCCGACUUCGAGAUGAACAUCACGGAGGUGGACAAGUACCGGGAGUACUUCAAGGACUUCUGAGACCGGCAUCAGGACGUCUCCCGCCGAGGAGCUCGCCCAGAACUCGUCGGAACACAAUUGAGGACUUCGCGUGACUUGACUUUGAGAUCCAGCGAAACUAAACCUGCGGAUGAACUCUAGCAUCACGUCUGACUCUUUCGUUGAAAAGGUACUUUAAUGUGUGUGUAUGUGUGUGAAAAACACGUUUUCGUAACGAUACACGCGAAGACUUUCAAUUUGAUCAUUCCAGCUCGACAGAGAACUCAUUGGUCCAAGAAAGGGAAUCAACAAAUCGUCAUUUUUACGCAGUGAACCCAAACGUUUUGAGUUUCAGGAAUGUAACGUUUGUGUUGAUGGUUAAUUAUGUUUCGUUCCGAAGACAUUUACAUUAUCAUUAUUGAAAAAAAAAGGAAAAACAAUUCAUCCGAUUGACUACUUGAAAUCCUAAGUAGGUUUGCAUUGUACUGAUUUUUUUUUCUUCUUGGGACGUGACUGAACACACAUUCUUAUAAUAUUGUGCGUACGGUAGUUGUGUUGUAUGUGUUAAAAAAUUAUUAAUCUUAUUUUUGCGACGAAUUGAAAAAAAAAAGCGUGUGUGGUCAUCGUCUACUUACUUAGGUUGUAUAAUUGUGUAUAGCACUUUAUGAACAUAUUUUUUGUUCUGAGUGAUAAUUUAAGUUCUCUAUGUACUUUGACGCAGAAUAAUUCAAUUUUUUUAAAAUUAUUUUUACUGUUAUGUUUAUGUUAUCACAUCAACAUACCAAGAGAG